AUCGCCUUCGUCGAUUUCGGCCCCCUCCCCCCUCCCCCUCCCUCGCUCUGGCGUCUCCCAUCGCCAUCGCGUCCAAACCCUAGCCCUCCCCAACUCCAAACCCUACCGCCAGUGGUCCAAUUCGCUGCGUCGGCUCGUGAAUCGGGCGUCCGCUUGUCGCACCCGCGCUCCCGAUUCAGCCGCCGUUCGUGCAAGAUCUGGCGGAUGGAGCCCGCGGCGCCGAAGGAGGCGCCGCCGCCCCAGCCACAGCCCGGGGUGGAGGAGGACGGGACGCUCUCCGCGACGGCAGCUAUGGCAAGGGACGCCGCCGUGCUGUUCCAGAGCCGCCGGUACGCCGAGUGCGCCGAUGUGCUCGCGCAGCUCCUGCUCAAGAAGGAGGGUGACCCCAAGGUCCUUCAUAAUAUGGCUAUCGCAGAAUCGUUUGUGGAUGGUUGUCCUGAUCCAAAAAAGUUGCUUGAGAUUCUUGGCAAUGUUAAGAUAAGAAGCGAUGAACUUGCCUGUGCAUCUAGAGAACAAGCUGAUUCUGCCAAUGGGGUAGGGAACAAUACUUCUUCUGAACCAAGAGGCAGUGGCAUUGCACCGUUGAUUUCUGCUGCACAUAAUGCAACAGCCUAUGGAGAUGAGUUUGACACAACCAUAAUAACAUUCAACACUGCUCUUAUCCUUUAUCAUCUUCAUGAUUAUGAAUCUGCACUGUCUGUUUUGGAGCCAUUGUACCGAAAUAUUGAACCUAUUGAUGAGACAACUGCUCUUCAUGUAUGUUUUCUGUUAUUGGAUAUUACAUUAGCUUUGCAAGAUGCAUCAAAAGCCGCGGAUGUCAUUCAGUACUUGGAAAGAUCAUUUGGAGUAGCUAAUACAGGGAACCAGAAUGAAAUUGCUAGCACAGUUCAGCAGCAACCUGCUCAACUGAAACCUGCAAAAAGUAACACGCCUCCAGAUUCUGAUUCAAAUACUUGUCCUGGUGGAUCUGAGAUUCUUUCAGUUGGAAGUUUUUCGGAUGAUACACUGGAGUUUGAAUCUUUUUACUCUACUCUGGAUGGUGGAAAUCACUUGGGCAGGCCUAUCUUAAAUGAGUUCUCGAGGGCAUCAGCUGAUCUUGCUGCCACAGCUGCUGAUUUGAAAGUUAGACUACAAAUUUACAAGGUCCGGCUUCUACUUCUCACAAGGAACCUGAAGGUUGCCAAGCGAGAACUCAAAGUUCUAAUGAACAUGGCUCGUGGUAGGGAUUCAUCUACAGAGCUUCUCUUGAAAUCUCAGCUAGAGUAUGCCCGAGGAAAUUAUCGGAAGGCUGUGAAGCUUUUGAGCACCCCCAAUAAUCGGACUGAACCAGUAAUGCUAACCAUGUUCUACAACAAUCUUGGUUGUAUACUCCAUCAGCAGAGAUCCAACCAUACAUCAGUAUUGUGCUUCAGCAAAGCACUGAAAUACAGCUUAUCUCUUCGCUCAGAGAAACCAUUGAAGCUGUCUGCACUAUCACAAGACAAAUCUUGUCUGAUAUCAUACAACUGUGGGAUCCAACAUUUGAUGUGUGGUAAACCACUGUUAGCAGCUCGUUGUUUUCGUGAGGCCAUGCCGCUCUUGUACCAUCGCCCCCUCUUUUGGCUCCGUUUUGCUGAGUGUAGCCUGCUAGCUCUAGAAAUGGGCUUCCUCACUGCAAGCGGUGCUACUUCAUGCAAAGAUGAGAUUGAAAUUUAUGUUGUGGGGUCAGGGAAAUGGCGCCAUUUAGUUAUCAGUCCGGUGAACUCAGGAAGUCAUUUAUCAGAUUUUGGGAGUUCAGGUGAACAUGGAAAUUUGAUAUCACUCAGAUUUGCUAGACAGUGUCUACUCAACGCCCAACUAUUAAUGGAUGCUUCUGAGCAGAAAAAAAUGGCGAUUUCAGAUACAGAGGAGUGCAACCAAGGGUCACAAUGCCAGAAAAGUUCAGGCCAGAGCACAAUGAGUGUGGAAUCCAAAGUCCACUCUGGUCCAACAACUAAUGCAAAUGGAGAACAAAAGGGGGCCGCGAGCUUGAAUGCCACUUUGCAGAGCUCUCUUGCUAUGUAUGAUGACAUCAUUAGAAAAGAGAACCUGAAAAUUCGACAAGCCAUCCUGGGGGACCUGGCGUUCGUCGAAUUGUGUCUUGAGAAUCCCUUGAAAGCUUUGUCUAUUGCCAACUCACUGUUGCAGGUUCCAGACUGCUCCAGGAUGUACUUAUUCCUUGGCCAUGCAACCUAG